CGGAUGUUGCCUGUAAGUCCUGUUUGUCCUGCAGCCGCCUGUCUGAAGUUUUCUCUCUACUAAAAGCUUUCUUGACCCGGUCCGGUUCGGUUCGGUUCGGGAGCUGAAGCGAGGCUCCCAGUAAAGUCCUGCCGUCUCCUCAGAUGCCUCCUAAACCCCUGGAGCCUCUGGCCAGGCGGCUGAUGAAGGGAGUGAUCGUGGUGGAGCUGCUGGGAGUGUUGGGGGCGUACGCUCUGUUCCACAGGAUGAACAACAGCCGAGAGUUCAGGAGCACCAUGAACGAGAAGUUCCCUUCAAUCCUGGAAGUUUAUUACCAGUCCAACGAGUGGGCGGGGAUCUACUGCAUCAGAGAGCGCGACCGCCAAGCCUGGGCCGACAAACGGGACUGAGGGUCCGACGCCGGAGCCGCCGCUGCUACUUCUUCUUCUUCUUCCUGAAGGUCGCGCCUGCGGGGCGGGUUCUGCCCAGCGGCCUCCUCUUGUUGAACGAGCUCUUCUUCCUGCGCAGCGUCUUGGCGUCCCGCCCGUGGAUCCAGUCGUCCCGCUGAGCCUCCCACUUCAGCUGCUUCAGGCCUGCAGGAUGAACAGAACCUUUAGAACCAGGCGGGUCAGAACCACUCCACUAGCCCUGCUCUAACAAUCAGGACGCGGGUCGCCUUUCCUUUCCUCCAUCCUGACUUUCCCACCUCUGGAGGUCCGAACUGUUUAACCCUGAACUGGGAAAUCUUUCUCUGCAGACGUUCUGUCCCACUGGACCCAGUGGAAGUGGUUCUGCUUCAGCAGAACCUUUGGACCUUACCGGCUCGGUCCGUGUUGGCCAUGGCGUUCAGGCCGAUGUUGUCGAACUUGGAGUCGCUGUUUUCGUCCAGCAGGGAUCCGAACUGAAGGAGAACAGGGACAGUUAGUCUCCAGAGCCGGUGGUUCUGUGGCGCCCCCUGCUGGGCCGGAUCCGGUUGGAAAACUCACCUCCUCAGCAGCAGCGAACACGGCUCCAUCUGUCUUUGGUUUCUUCUUCUUCUUCUCCUUUUUACGCUCUGAACAGAGGAAGAAAACAGGAAGCUAGAGAACGGUUCUGAAUGAAGCAGAAUUCCUCACCGACCCGGAAUACUGACGGACCUAAAGAUCCGGAGAAGUCCAGGUCCGCUGAGGAUUUCCUCUUCCUGGUUCUGCUCCGAGGCGCGAUUUCCGGGACCUCGCUGUCCUUGUCCGACUCUGCAGGGAGGAGAGAAAGUUCAUGUUGGGAUUCCCAGACAAAUUGGAAAACUGGGAUGAGGAAGAUCAGAACCAACCAUCAGGAACAUCCUCAUCCUCGCUGAACUCCAGCUCCGGAACUGAAAGAGGAAGAACCUGGACUCAGACGGGGAGGAAAUGACCCGGAACGUGUGGUUAUGUCGGACCAAUAGGAUACCCUACCAUCAUCAUCAUCAUCAGGAUCCAUGAAGGUCCCUCCUUCCUCCUCCAGGUCGUCUCCAAAGUCUUCCUCAUCCAUGCUGCCCAGAGACACCUCUUCAUCGUCCAGGUCGUCCACGUCGGAGUCCUCCGAGUCCUCCUGCUCCUUCUUCCCCUUCUUACUCUUCACAUUCCUGGGAAACAGGAAGAGAGACGAAGGUUAGGACCCAGAGCCGGAGUCAGGAUGGGGCCACAGGAACCAUGACUCAGCUGGAUGGCUUCUAAAUGACCCGUCCAGCAGGGGGCGCAUCGGUCCUGCAGAAACCUUCAGGAAGUUUUUAAAGAAAUAUAAAAAUGUUUUAAUUAAAUCUGAAACCAAUUUAAUGAGAAGUGGAAUUAAAGGACGACUCACCCUAAAUGAA